AUGGGAACUUCUUCAUCUAAAAAUCGAAGAGAUGUAAAUAGUUUCGAUACAAUUUCACAAUAUGUUUUCUCAGUUACUGGUGUACCUAAAAAAUUUGAUCGUGAAGAAGAACAAGCAGGGUUACGCCAUUGCAUUGUUAGAGAACUCUUUAAUGAAAAUUUCUCUUCACCUAUUAGGAAUGAAUUAACUCUUGGCGGUCUCAAGGUGUUAGAUAUUGGUUGUGGUUUUGGCACAUGGAUGUUUGAAAUGUCGUCAGAUUUCCAAAAGUGUCAAUUUGUUGGAGUGGAUAAAACGUCUCAGUGUUUUAUUGUUAAUAAGCCAAAAAAUGUGGAUUUUGUCACUGCAGACAUUAAUAAUGGACUUCCAUUUCCUAACGAAUCAUUUGACUUUAUUCACAUUCGACACUUGGUUUAUGAUUUGCAAGAUAAGGAAUGGGAUUCAUUAAUUCGGGAAAGUGUUCGAGUUCUAAGGCCUGGAGGUUAUAUUGAGAUAACCGAAAUGGAAAUGGUCACAAAGAAUUUCGGUCCUAAUAUGGCUAAGUUGGCAAAAAAAUGUAUAUUUAUAAUUGAUAGAGUUGAAGAUCUCAUGAAAUCUAAUAAUUUACAAAAUAUUGUUCGUUAUGAGCGUCAUUUUCCUAUCGGAACAUGGAAUAGUGAUGUGGGAAACGCGUUUUCAACAUACACUUGUGAUACAUUGCGCUCUGCUAUAACAACAUUUAAUGGUCCAAAAGAUAUUGAUAAUGAGUUAAGAAGUUUAAUAGCUGAGGCCAACAU